UUAGUUGAGAAUAUAUAUCAACAUGUACGUCUUUAUUCGUUUUAUUUAAAGGUAAAUUUAGAAGUUUAAAGAACUGAAUCGUGUCAUUAUUCUGAUUUAAACAAAAUAAAUCAAUUUGAAUGGUAUUUUAAACAAAAACAAUUAGAAGUUUAUUCAUGUUAUUUAAUAUUUUGUUUAAAGAAUUUAACAGAUUACAUAGAAAAUUACUAGCAUCAUUCUUUUAGCCACACAAAUUAUCUUUUAAAAAGAUAUUUGUGUUAAUUUUGUUAAAAAGUAUAUUCAAACAAUUUCGAGUUCAAAGAUUCAGUGGUGAUUUAAUACACUAGAACGGACUAAUAAGGAAAAGAAGUGGAAAAGUUAUGGCGGAUGGUCCGAAAUCAAAUACAGGGAGAAAAGCUCGAAGAAGAUCAAAAUCAGUUUCUUCAGAACGAGUGCACUUUAAAGAUGAGUCACAUCCAUAUGAACUCUUGCAUUCUGUGAGUCUGCAAGAGAAAAAGGAGGUUGUAAGAAAGAAAAACAGGAAGCAAAUGGAACAGGAAAUCAUAGCUUUAGAUGCAUCCAAGAAUAUGGUUGAAGAAAAGUUAAAAGAUGUCAAUGCAGAAAACAUUCAGCUGAAUAGAGACAAUUUUUAUUUGCAAAAUCAGUUUGAAAACAGCAAAAAGGAAAAUAAAAAGAUAUGCAGAGAAAUGGAAAUGAUGAAACAGGAAAUCUCCAAAUUAAAAACGGAUUUCGAUGCUGAAAAAUAUAUACUUAGGGAAGAGAAAUCAAAUCUAUCUUCAAAACUUGAAAAGUCAAGACAGGAAAAGCAAACGUUGAGAAUAGAGUUCGAUGGCGAAAAAGCAAAAUUAGAGGAAGAGAAACGUAAGCUAAUGGAAGAGCUAACAAAAGAAAGAACGGAACACUGGAAAUUUACACACCAUUUUUCAAAACUUUUGGAAGACAGCCGGGCUAAAGUGUAUGUAACAGGGUCCUGCAAAAAUCUUCAAGUUGGGGAGUCGAAUAUCAUCAAACAAGAUAUUAUGGCACAGUGGAAAGAAUUGGCAGACAAAUUGUGUGAAUCUAUAGAAGACCAUAUGAUUAAAAGGAAAGAAUUGGAAAUGAAAGUGCGUAGUGAUGAGGUUUUGCUAAAAGAGAUAAAAGAUUCUCUACAAAGAGUACUCCAAAACCUUGACAAGACAACUUCUAAAAGACUUGGCCGAGACAAAGAGUUGUUGGAGUUCUUGACAUCUGACAGAUCUGAUGAACGUAUUCUUACAGACGGCAUAAAACAGUUAAAAAGGCAUAUAGUAUCUUCAAAGAGCAGGAAAAACUUGCCGCUGGCAGCUGAUGCUGCUGUUGCAAGACUACUGAACAAAUUUGAUCGCCUUACCAUACGAGAAUUUGUUGAAGUUCUGGAGGGUAAGAAACAAAAGUCAGAAUCAUCUGAGGACGCUGACCAAACGGAGAUGAAAGAAGUUUAUGUAGAAAAGAUAGAAUCAAUACAAGUCGAAGAAUCAAGUAGAGAUACACCUCUCAACAGAACAUUCUGUGUAGAUAUUCUUGUUCAGUGGUUACAACUGUCAGAAGAGAACGACGCAGAGCAACUACUUGGAAGAAUAAAAGUAUACGAAUCCAAAUUAUCAACAGAAAUGGUUCUGGAGUACCAAGAAGAAAUUAAACGUAAACACAUAUCCAGUGACUUGGAUGAAAUGCAGUUACUUAAAGAAGGUAAAGGCCCACAUGAAGAUUUUGAAAUACCAUACAGUAGCUUACCGAGUACACAGAGCCUUCAAGGUCUGCCUGACGCUCUCUCGCAGUUCAUGCAUCAGUUAGAAGGAUUAAAGAUUGUAAUUGACAUCGACAGGAAAGUAGACCAAAUAUCUGACGCUUUGAAAACUAUGGGAUCUGCUAGUAACAGUUCGCACGCAAAUAAGAAAGAAAGAAAUAAUUCGCAAGGAAAUAAACAAGAAAGCGGACCCAUAAAUAACUUCAAUCGGCAAUUUUCUGACGUAUGACAAGUUGUGAUUUCAGUGGCGAUAUAUUAUGAUUUUGUUGCGAUCUUUGUUUUAUUCAUUAGUCUUUGUUAAUGUAUGAUAUCGUCGGUGUACAAGUUUAAAUGACUUAUUAAUAAGUUACAAUUGCAGGACUUGACGUAUACUAGCUUGAUGUGAUCUUUACUUGUAUUUGUUAAUGUAUGUUAUUGGAUGUGUCAAAUGUACAUGGACUUGAGUUACAAUUAUGUCUUGCAAGUAAAGUAAUAUGUCGAACGUUUU